CCCUACCACCGCCGCCACUCAUGCGCCGCUCGACCUCACGAUCACACGUGCACCCCACCACUCUACGCGACCCUCGACACAAGCAUUACGCACUCGACGGAACCGACGACAACCCCCGCAUUAUGUGCCAGUGACUCUACCAGUGAACAAACUAUAGUGCAAGUGACUUUCUCAACGUGUGAUGUGCUGAAGGGUGUUACAGAAGAAGUGUUUACAGUCGCAGCCUCAGCCAGAUAAGAUUAAAUAUGGUGAGAGGGGCGACGUUGGCGCUAACGCUGGCGCUGGCGUGGGUGUGCGUGGUCCGAGCAAGUGUACUCGUGCCUAGAUAUGCAUUGCCACCUGACUCAUUCGUGCGCGACCAGCGAAGCCUUGGCGCUCCCCCAGACACAGACGGUGCCGAAUCCCAACGUACAAUCAAGCGACUUGUUGGUGGUCAUAUGAAGAUUAAACCUGAAAAAGAAUAUGGUGCUGCGAAAAAUUCAAUUUCCAGCGAUGAUAAAAAUGAUAGCGGCAAGUUUGUUGGUGUGAUAGUUUCCGACCAGUCAAGCAGUAACGUAGGUUGGAAUCAAGGCAUCUGGGACGAUGGCAUGCUCAUGUCCAGCGCCGGCGAAGGAAAGGACGUGGCAAAAACAAAAGAAGACGACGAAGAUAAGAAGACUUUAUCCGAUCAGGUGGCCGAGGGAAAAUAUGGUCUCAUUCAAAAUGAAAUAUUUAUGAAAACCCCUAAAAGGCCUGGUAUAGUCAGCUAUGAGCUAAACGCAGAGACACGAACGAAAGAUAAUCUUCAAAGCUUAGGAGGUCUCAAGAAAGAUGAAAUUUGGCUUGCUGAAGACCACCUUUUAGUUCUCAAAGGAGGUUCCUUCCCUGAACGCACUAAGGAAACAGAUCGUAAGCCUUGGCCACCGAUCGACGACUACGAAGCGCCUAACAGGCAAGUAAAGCUCCCGCAAAAGCCUAAAGUGCCACCGCCCUUUCCAGUACGACUCUCCGACGACGGACCGCUCGUUUUCCUCACGCCAAACGGUAGUAUCCCUGCGUCCCUUUUCCCUUCCUAUUUUACGGGAGAAGGCGAAGAAGCUUUACCUCCAGCGCCAUUCCCAUUCCCACCGGGAGCGUCCUAUUCCGAAGGUGAUAAUCCGGGAAACUCUACUUCCGGGGGAUCGCCGCAGCCAAGUCCUACGUUCCCAUUCCUACCCGGGAAUGCGAGCGAAGGAGCAUUUCCCUUCCCCGCAUCCAUAAACGGCUCUUUUCCAGAAGGCUUUCCACCGGGCGCGGCGUUCCUUCCACCACCGAGCAACCAAUCCGACCUGUACGACGAAGACGACCCUUCGAUUUACUAUCCGCCGCCUUACAAUUUUUCUUACCACACUGACUACAAAAGUAAAGUGCCAGCAGGACCAUUAGUACCUGGAAUUGUAUUACCACCUCCACCAGAUUUCUUUGCGCCUUUAGAAGAAAAAGUGAUCACAACAACCGAAAAUACAAAAACCACUAGACCCGCAAUUCGCAAUAAGACGACAAGACCAACAUCUUCUCAUACUCUUCAACGUAAUAAGUACAAGUCAAGGACAACAACGACUGAAUCAAUCAGGACUGAAACUCCUACUACGUUCGUUGUUCCGCCGACUGUUGAUACUACGACUCAAAAAUCUAGGAAAUCACAACGCCUUCCUUUAAGACAGCCUGUCCGAGUUCAAAAUCUUCACGAAGACAUAACGACGAGACCGAAAACGGAAAAACCUGUCCAGAAAACACGUACAAAACUCACUUCGAAGCCGUUGUCAGUGUCUGUGAUUUAUGAUUAUCCAGAAACGGUGUAUAAUACAAAACCUCCUGCCAGUUCUGAAAAACCGUUUAUAGUUUACGUGCCACAAAAGAAUCCUAAUGUGAUUGCGAACGAUAUAAGUUCAACCUCAGUGCCAUUAAAGAACUUCUACACUAAUUCUCAAAAUGAGAUUCCCACAACAAAGCUACAGCCUGUUUUUAACAGAAAACCGAAUGACAACGGCUUAGCCUCUUUUUACUUUUUCGAUGAACAACCAAAAACCUCACCUGCCCCUACAACUUAUUUCGAUGGAAGAAAUUACUACAAAACCGUACCAGUAUCUCAAGUGCCAUAUGAGCAGACGCAGACAAACGAACAAUCAGGUUUCAACCCAGCGGUCGACGUUUCAUAUGGAGCUAUUGAUCAGAAUGAUGAGCUAUUUUUAUGGCCACAGAAACAAGGGCCCAGGACGCUUACGCAGGAAUACUUUAGUAUUCAAAAUCCAAAAUCACAGCCUGUAUUUGUACAGCAACCGAAGCAAAGACCUGAUUUUUAUCAACAAAUAGCAAAUAUUCAGCAAACGAUCGACUAUUUCACAACAAAAAGACCAAAAUCACACUCUUAUAGACCACAUAGUCAUAAGCCGAAAGCUAUUACGGCGAGGCCAUUCUACCAAUUUAGCUACCAAAAUAGACCUGAUCAACUUCCAUUUAGAGCGCCAAAACUAGAUCCAGAACCAUUCAGGCCAAUGGUUAGUUACAGCAAACCUUUUAAUGUCGAAAAUGAUUUUAAUACAAUCACACAGUCAGUAUCUACCGGUUACAAUAAUCAACAAUAUCUAAUUGAAAACUUACAUGCGACAACAGAGGCUCCUACCGCUUCAAAUUACUAUCCCAAAUCGAAGACACGAGAAGAAGAUUAUGAAGACGUUUCUUCAAAGGAUAUACGGACACAAAAUAUAAACCAUAUACCAAUUCAGAACGACAGGCCGUCACCUGUAGUACACCACGUAACAAGAUUUCCUAGCACCACACCGAAUCCAAUAAACCACGCUUAUUACACGAAGCAAGACGAGAGUUAUUUCGAUGAUAUCACCAGAAACUCAUUUGACAUUUUUGGCAAGAAGCUGGAAGACACUACGCGUGACAUACACGGGUUAGGGGUGACAGAGCCAUUAGAAACCGUCAAAACUCCAGUCGACAACAAUAUAAAUCUUCAGUACGAAUAUGAAAUAAUUGAACCAGAAGGUCCGACACACAAACCGCCGUCAUUGGUGGGAGAUACCAUAGUGAACGAUCGUAUACCACGACCCACUGUUAAUCCUGACAGUGAACCUAUACCAGAAAUUAACGCAGAAUUAAUUGAGCAACAGAAACCACCUUCAUUAGCAGGUGACACUUUGGUAAACGAGAGGCUACCUAGGCCGACUAUUAACCCUGACAGUGAGUUCAUACCAAUUUCCAACCCGGGCUACAGAACUUUGCAGCAGUACAGAGUCCAAACGCAAGUUCAAAGGCCGCAAUUUAACGGUGAACAAUACGAUUUGAACGCACCUUCGUUGGCCGGUGACACGGCGGUUAAUUACAGAAGACCGUUGCCGCACGUUAAUCCGGAUGCAGAAUGGAUAGCGCCCGCAAAUUCAGCAGGAGAAGGCAGACCGGGGUCGUUUGUUUCGUACAGACUACCCGGAGAAGGAGCUCAUGUGUACUUCUUGACGCCACAAGCAGCGCAAGCCUCGCGUCAGAGGUACCGGCCGGCUGGCUACGGACGGUGAAACUAAAGCUCUAGUCUGAACUGUUGACGCGUCGUUAUGCGCGUAUUGUGUACAUAUAAUAAAGCGCAAAUGUGAUGUUAAAGUGUCCUAAGUAGUGUAAGUUACGAAAGACUAGCGGGACGACCCGCGUUGCCAUAAACGAACACACGUGUUUGUUGUAAGCGAUGUUAUAAAACGGACGCUAUCGAUAUAUCUUACAAUGUUAUUUAUUAAAUUAUUAUUAAGAGACUGGUGCAUGCAUAGUGUUAGGUAAUUUAUUUAUGUCAGUAUUCUCAACGAACUGUCAGAAUGAUGUGAUAUAAAUGUGUGGCAAUGAUUGCGGUAAAUUGUUAUAUCGAAACUAUAAUAAUGGCAGCAAUUUAUAAUUGCAAUUGUUAUAUAAGCAAAUAUGCUACAAAUUUUUAUGUGAUUUUUUGUAUUAUAUUUCUAAAACAAAGAUUUUUUUUAAUAAAUAUUUAAAAUGUUAAUUGUA